CGUGAAUAAUUCAUUACGGGGCUCCGGAGGCGGCAGGAGGAGUACCGGAGAUGGAGGGACACGAGAGGCACGAGAUUGUUCUGGACAGUAAGCCGGUGAAAGUGGAGCGUGUCCAUGUGGACGGUUUGGGUCGUACCAAAGACGACAUCAUCGUGAGGGAGGUGAAGGAUGUGCUCAACUCCACCAGCUUCGAGGACGUGAUCCUCAGAUCUCAUCACGCCAAGACGAGGCUGGAGCGGCUCGGCAUCUUUAAGAAUGUCGGCAUCUUCAUCGACACGUCGAAAGGUCCGGAGGCUGACCCCAACGGCCUGGAGGUCACCUUCGAGGUCAAGGAGCUGCGACCUUUGACCGGCACAGCCAACACCAUGGUCGGCAACAACGAAGGGUCGAUGGUGUUUGGUGUUCGGAUGCCGAACAUAUUUGGGCGUGCGGAGAAGGUCGUGUCGGAAUACUCCUACAGCAACAAGCAGAGGUCGUCAUUUGCUGUGACCUUCAUGAAGCCUCUUCACGGCAACCCUGACUACAGCACACCUGGGGGCAGACUAAACAUCAGCGGCUGGAAGACUGUCAGACAUUUCCCAUGGAGCAGCUACAGAGAAGUGGACAGGGGCGUGGCUUCCGAGAUCACUUUCCCCCUGCUAGGCCAGCAGACGCUGCGCUGGGAGGGCGUGUGGCGAGAGCUCGGCUGUCUGACCAGGAUGGCGUCAUUCGCAGUCCGCGAGCAGGCCGGACAUUCCCUCAAAUCCUCACUCAAGCACACCUACGUAGUGGACAGCAGAGACGACCCGAUCCUGCCGACGAAAGGGGCCAUGUUCAAACUCAACCAGGAGCUGGCGGGUAUUGCAGGCGGAGAUGUGAAGUUUCUGAAGGAGGACGUUGAACUCCAGGUCAACAAGGAGCUGGUUUGGGACACGAUCGUGUCGUGCUCGCUGCGAGGGGGCAUCAUGAAACCGCUGAAGGGCACGUCCUCACGGAUUAACGACCGGUUCUUCCUGGGGGGUCCCACCACGCUGCGGGGCUUCGACAUGCACGGCAUCGGGCCCAAGUCAGAAGGAGACUUUAUGGGAGGGGAGGGUUUCUGGGCGGCCGGUCUCCACCUCUACACCCCCCUGCCCUUCCGACCGGGUAAGGGGGGGUUCGGGGAGCUCUUCAGGACUCACAUGUUCGUUACGGCCGGGAAUCUGUUCCAGCCCAACUUAGAAGACAUGUACAACUAUCGUGACCACUGGGCCCGGAUGGCGUCGGAUGUUCGCUGGUCCUACGGUGUGGGAGUCCUGUUCCGUCUGGGCAGGAUCGCCAGAUUAGAGCUGAACUACUGCAUACCAGGGGGGGCCAGGACGGGUGACAAAGUGAGUGAAAGUGUACAGCUGGGGGUCGGCGUCACCUUCCUCUGAUGAAGAAACAACAUCAGCACCCCUACAGGAGAAUGGAACAGCCCACUGCCCAACACUGUUCGACUGCAAGCGUUGGAUUCUACCAUUGCCCGACAGGGG